AUGUCAUCUUUCGAAGACUUUAUAGACUCAGCAGUGCGGAAUGCCGAUAUCCCGGGAGUUAUGCUCUAUGCUAGGGACAAGUCGGGAGAUUUCAAGUACUCUCACGUCUUUGGCGACAACUUGAAGACCGGCAAGCCCCUAGCCGCCGACGACGUCCUCACCCUCGCCUCGGUGACAAAACUCCUCACCACCAUCGCAGCCCUCCAGCUCGUCGAGCGCGGCAUCCUCGCCCUCGACGACAGCGACGUUUCCCACCACGUCCCGGCACUCGCCCAGAAGCCCAUCCUAACUGGCUUCUCCGACUCCGGCGCCCCCAUCGAGGUCCCGCGCCAGCAGCCCAUCACCCUCCGCCACCUCCUCACCCACAGCGCCGGCAACAGCUACGACUUCCUCGACUCCGCGACGCGCGAGUGGCAGUCUCACCACGGGAUCAAGCCCACGCGCGGCGCCACCGUCGAGGAGCGCUUCGCGUACCCGCUCAUCUACGAGCCCGGCGCCAGCUGGGCGUACAGCUCGAGCUCCGACUGGCUGGGCAAAGUGAUCGAGGCUGUUACAGGGCAGAGCCUGGAGGAUUACAUGCGCGCGCACAUCUGGGACCCCCUCGGCGCAGAGAGCUUCACGUUUAGAGUGGAGAAGGUCAGGCCGCGGCUGUGGGGGAUGAACACGCGCGACAGAGAAACAGGAAAAGUGAAGCUGCACCGGGGCAGGGAGCUGAACGACGGCGUGACGGACUGUUUGGGCGGGCAGGGAGUGUAUGGUACCGCGGGGGACGUGAUGGAAGUGUUGGAGUCGUUGCUUCUGGAUGACGGGAAGCUGCUGAGGCCGGGGACGACGGCGGAGAUGUUUAAGCCACAAUUGGGGGAGAAGGCGAAGACGAGUUUGUUGGAGGCGAUGGAGACGCCAGAAUGGGCUGUUGGUCACUUUCCUGUCACGGGCGAGUAUGAUUGGGGACUGGUGGAUUGA